AUGCUGUCAACAACUCGAGGUUCUGCCGCUCGCUCGCUCUGCCAACACUGGGCGUCACAGAAGCAAUGCCGAUGGAUGUCGUUGGAAGACAAAUCCAAUCUAAACCUUGGCGACCUGUGUGAAAAUAUUGCAGAAGAGCACAAUUUGACAAAAGCCCAAUCGAGAAGAAUCGUAACUUCUCUUUUUGAUAGUAUCACUCAGGCUGUGGCAGACAAGAAGAAGGUGUCCAUUAGCAAUUUUGGCUCUUUUGAGAGUGUGCAUGCCAAAAGCAGAGAAAUGAGAAACAUACAAACAGGCGAGAAGUACAUUACCGCAGCCAAAGAACGGGUCAAGUUCAAGCCGUAUACCCACUUCAAAGAUGAGGUCAACAAGUGA